CACUCAUUGCUCUCCUCCAUGUCCGUUCUCAGCCAAGCUGCUCGCCGACUUGUCAGGGCAUCUGUUGUCGAUGCUCGCACCUUCACUACCAGCACUCGCAGGCGCCAGGCUGAGCCUUUGCAAAAACCAGUUUUGAACAAGGAGUUCAAGAUUUAUCGUUGGAACCCUGAUGAGCCUGCUAAGAAGCCUACUUUGCAAUCGUACACGAUUGAUCUUAACCAGACAGGGCCUAUGAUUCUUGAUGCUCUCAUCAAAAUCAAGAAUGAAAUCGACCCUACCCUCACUUUCCGUCGUUCGUGCAGAGAGGGAAUCUGCGGCUCGUGUGCAAUGAACAUCAAUGGCCAAAAUACGCUGGCCUGUCUUUGCCGCAUAGACAGGGAUGCUUCUAAAGACUCUAAGAUUUAUCCUCUACCUCAUAUGUACAUUGUAAAGGACCUAGUUCCCGACCUCACUCAAUUCUACAAACAGUACAAGUCAAUUCAGCCAUACCUCCAGAACGACAACCCUCCAGAAAAAGGAGAAUUCCUUCAGUCUCAAGAAGAACGUCGCAAACUCGACGGAUUGUACGAAUGUAUCCUAUGUGCAUGCUGUUCAACAUCCUGCCCUUCGUACUGGUGGAAUCAAGACGAGUACCUUGGUCCGGCUACUUUGAUGCAGGCAUACCGGUGGAUCGCCGACUCUCGAGACAGCAACGGUGCGAAGCGAAAAGAGUAUCUGCAAAACGAGUUGAGCAUGUACCGAUGCCACACUAUCUUCAACUGUUCUAGAACUUGUCCGAAGGGUCUCAACCCUGCUGCAGCUAUUGCAAAGAUCAAACUCGAGCUCGCCGCAGAUUAAACAUACUUUCUCGCGUUGAGUUUGGUAUGUUCAAUUGUAUACAUAAUCCGCAGGCCCUCAAACAAAUGUCUGCAAGGAGUUGGAGAAUUAUGAGGGGUGUCUCGAUUGUCAUAGACAUAAGCUUUUUUCCCGCUUGUUUUCAUUUCGUGCGGAAUAAGGUGGAUUCGUGUUUAACCAUUUUUGAUCGCGUUGAACAUGAACCUCCAACAUAAUAGCAAUUCUUCUUUAACCAAUCUCAUGUUCGGCCAAAAGCUGAUAUCUGAUCAGUUGGUCCAUGGAUGUGUACUGAAAGCCAUUCGCACCAUGUUUGGUAUACCGUUCGAGAUGGGGUAACUGUGCUUGCAAUUUGGGCAGGUCAUGCUCCCUUCCUCGACAUGAAUCUACAAAAAUGACUUAGAGCCAUAUGUUUCACGUUGACGGUUCAAUAUAUAUACCUCAAGCAAUACAUGGUG